AGAUAUGUAGCAUCCCCUCUAUUAGUCCAUGCCUUCGACCAAACGGACGUCACGGUGAAUGUGAACUUUGACAUCCCUGCUCUAGUCACUAGUCAUCAAACAGAUGGUCUCCUAUUUUUUGCACUCCAGUGUUUAAAAGUGCCUUGUUUAUUUGGUAAGGUUGUUUGUGAUUAUCUAUAUAACCAAGCUUCAAAGUAUGCGUUCUGAAAAUCUUCUAAAUUGGAGCUGCAUUGAUAAUAUGAAUGACUCAAAAAAUCGAAAAUGGCUUGGAGUGGAACUUUUUAUUAGAUUUAUUCUACUGAUUAUUUUUAUAGUUUUGGAGUAUGCUGAACCUUUUCAUAGAAAAAUUCACCCUGAUGAACUGUGGUUGUAUAAAAAUCCAAGAACUGAAAGUUAUUUUCCUACACGUAUACUAUGGGUUUUUAUCUGCGUUGUUCCAUUCUGUAUAAUAGUCAUCUCUAAUUUAAUCGUAAAAUGCAAACUGGAUGCUCUGCAAGCAUUUUUGGCUCUGACUUUAAAUUUUGGAAUCAAUGGUCUUCUGACAAAUUCUGUGAAGCUCAUUGUUGGCAGACCCAGGCCCGAUUUCUUUUACCGUUGUUUCCCAGAUGGCAAUGGAGAUGUAAAUUUUCCUUGUACUGGAAAGAAAGAAGACACGAUUGAAGGUCUUAAAAGUUUUCCAAGUGGUCAUUCCUCUUUUGCUUUUGCCAGCAUGACAUUCUGCAGUUUAUAUUUGUGUGGGAAAUUAGGAGUGUUUAGCGUGCGCGGACGUGGAAAAUCAUGGAGGUUGAUUGUUUCUUCGCUUCCUCUGUUUCUUGCUUUAACCAUUGCUCUGAGUAGGACGUGCGAUUAUCACCAUCACUGGCAAGAUGUCUUGGUUGGUUCUCUUUUGGGACUGUGUGUUGCAUAUUUGUGCUAUUUUCAGUACUAUCAUCCUCUGGAUAGUUUAGACAGCGCUUUACCCUUUAUGGCUGUUAAUUCUUCACAGGAGUUGAAUCAAAUGAAAAAAUGUGACAGCUUGGAAAAUGUUGCUGUGAAAUGGAUUUAGUCAAAAAUCCUUUUUUGUAUGUGACAUUUUAAGGGCUGAUGAAUCAUCAUUCAGCAUAAUCUCAAAAAUCCUAACUUUGUCUAGAUCUAGAUGAGAAGGGAAAAAAUAACUAAGUCUAUCUUAAAACAAUAAUAAUAAUAUGGAAAUGCCCUUAAAAAAGGAUCAACAAAACUAUGACAACCAUUUUUUUGUGAAAAAAAUAUGACAGCUUGGAAAAUAUUGCUGUGAAAUGGAUUUAGUCAAAAAUACUUUUUUGUAUGUCACAUUUUAAGUGCUGAUGAAUCAUCAUUCAGCAUAAUCUCAAAAAUCCUAACUUUGAAAAUCUAGAUGAGAAGGGAAAAAAGAAACUAAAUCUAUCUUAAAACAAUAAUAAUAAUAUGGAGAAACAUAGAAAUGCCCUUAAAAAAGAAUCAACAAAACUAUGACAACCAUUUUUUUGUGAAAAAAUGUGACAGCUUGGAAAAUAUCUUAGAACAAUAAUAAAAAUAUGGAAAUACGUAGAAAUGCCCUUAAAAAGGACCAACAAAAACUAUGACAACCAUUUUCUGCAUCUGUGGUAAAAUUUUACCAUAAAUGCAAAAAAAAAAAAAAUGGUUUAAGGAAAUUUUUAAUUUCUUUAAAUUAGUAAAUUAUAUUAAAAUUUUUAGUUAUGGUGCAUAUGAUAAAAUUUUAAAUAAAGGUUGAAAUCACACUAAUUUAAAUGUCUAAAUUUUAAAAUUGUGCACAAGAAAUUCAGUUCUAUCUGAAGUGUGGCCACCAUUUUAUCAAAAACUUUUGAAUAAUUCAUUAACUGUGCAUUAAAAUAUAAUAAACUCAAUCUUUUUAGUUCAUAGUUCUAGCCUCUAACCAGUUUGAGUUCUUACUAUGUUGAAUCUUUUUAAACUGCAAUUUUUUAACUGAACUAUAAGUUAAUUUUGUAGCAUAAUUUAAUACUUGUUUUAUAUGAUGUUUACUGAUUAUUUUUUUUACUAAUUUAAAAAAAGACUUAAGCUUUUAAUUCAUGUAAACUUCAAUACAUAUUGCAAAUUCUUUUAUUAUUGUAUCAUCCAAACAAAACAAAAAAUGUUCCUCAAAAAAACGAGGGUUCGGGGGAGACUGAAAAUUGCUUUUACUAAUUAUGAUUUUUGAAACCAAUUGCAAAUAUAUUUAUAUCUAGUUAAUAAUCUAAUAUUUCUUAAUCACUUUUAUGAAAUUAUUUUAAAUUGCUAGAAAAGAAAAGGCAAUAUAUUGAAUUAAUAAUGAAAAUGAUAUUCAUUACCUAAUAAUAAAAUUUGCGUUAGAAUUGCCCUAGUUUUAAUAUGUUCACUAAUAAACUUUAUUAAGUCAGGAUUCCAUAAAAAAAAAUAUAUAAAUAAAAAAUACAUAUGUAUUCUCUCUUGUUAAGCACAUACCUACUGAUAUGAAGUGCACAAUAUGUUUAGAUUAAAUUGUAUCUGCUUUCUCAAUUCUAUUGCAUAUCAUUUUGGUGCAUUUAAACAAUUUUAUACUAGUCUUGUGAUAAAUUGUUAUUUCAUUACAGCUUAUUUUAUAUAUUUGUUAUUAUUUAUUACAUUUACAGUUGUGUUCUAUGUUUUUAUUUGUUUACUACUAUAUCAUUUUUUCCCCUCAUUGUUAGUGAUACUUUAUUUGAAAAAUAUGUUAUAAAUUCUUUAAGUUAAUUAUGUGUCUUGUACACACAUACACUGCUUAUAUUUGUUAUAUUUAUAUUAUGUGGAUAUAGGCAUUAAAGUUGGAACAAUAAUUUUUGUUCAACCUGCAUUUUUCAAAUUAACAUUCCAUGUAGAUAACAAUUAAUAAAUUGACAUUUUUACAUAUGUGAAAAUAAAAUUUUUAUAAAAAUUG